UGUUUUGACCGAAGAGAAGAGUGUUGUCCCUCUUUAUAUUUUCUCAAUAAAUCCUCAUAUUUUUGACCCAUUUAGCGCUAGUUUGCAUUCAAGAUGAAACGCAAGGACCGCCCUUCCAGUUCCAAUGCCACUGAAGAGCGCAGGAGUAAGAAAACCAAGAAAACAGCGGAGGCAGAAGACGCGCAAGAAAGCGGCAAGCUUGACUACAGUUCACCAGAGAAGCUAUUUUCUUCGCUUCUUUCUCCAACUACUGCAGAAGAGUUCUUCUCUGAGUACUGGGAGAAAAAACCGCUUUUCAUGCAGCGCAAAGAACCUGAGUAUUAUGGGACUUUGUUCUCGAAGUCUGACUUGGAUAGCUUGUUGAAGAAAGAGGAAAUUCUGUUCGUGCAAGAUUUAAAUUUGUGUCGGUAUGAAGACGGCAAUAAGGAAUACUUAAAUGGGGAUAUAAAUACAAAGGCAACUGCUUCUCAGGUCUCCAAAGAAGUGAAAGAACGUAAGGCUACUAUCCAGUUCCAUCAGCCUCAACGUUUUAAGGAUAUCUUAUGGCAACUGAAUGCUCAUUUGGAGAGUGUGUUUGGGUGUCUAGUGGGUGCUAAUGUCUACAUCACCCCCCCUGACUCUCAGGGAUUGGCACCCCAUCAUGACGACAUUGAGGCUUUUGUUCUUCAACUAGAAGGUAAGAAACAAUGGAAGUUAUACCAACCCAAGUCAGAACUUGCUCAAGACUACAGCACUGAUUUUGAGCAAAAAGACAUAGGGGAACCAACACAUGAAAUUGAAUUACAGGAAGGAGAUCUUUUGUACUUUCCCAGGGGUACAAUACACCAAGCCGUUACACCUAAAGGAAGUGGACACUCUACUCACCUUACCAUAAGUACCUACCAACAAAGUUCAUGGGGCAACCUAAUGUCCAGCAUCUUAACGGAUGCCAUCGACAAGGCCAUGGACACUGAUGUUGAAUUCAGACGUGGUCUUCCAAUAAACUAUUUGAAUUACAUGGGAUUGGGGAUGGAAGGUGAUGGGAAAGCGAAAUCGAAGCAAGAAGACUUUAACAACCAAGUCAAACACUUGCUUACACGCUUAGCAGACUACGUGGACGCUCAUGGGACAACAGACAAAGUAGCGACUGAUUUUGUGUUUAACAGACUACCUCCUUACGAGCAGAAGGUAGAAGCCACCCGAGAUCAAGGCGAGAGCGAAAAACCACCGACAGCAGACAGCAAAGUGAAAUUCCGCUAUCCCGAAUAUGUUCGGAUUUCUGUCGGAGAUGCGGAUAAUAUUCCUAUUGGCGUAUUCGAAGCGGGACAAGAUAGCGACGAUGAAAAUGAUGAAAUGUCUGAAGAAGGAGAAGAAGAACCUGAGGAUGAAUCCAUGGAAGAAAGCGAGGAAGAAGAGAAACCCAAGAAAAAAGGAAAGUCCAAAAAGGAAACAGCAAAGCAGAAGGUAAAGAAAGGGAAAAAGAAACAGAAGGACGAAAGUGAAGAGGAAGAUGAAGAAGACGAAAGUGAAGAGGAGACCAAAGGCAAAGCUAAAAAAGGCAAAGGAAAAAGGGAAGAGAAAAAGGGAACGAAGAAAUCCAAGGAAAAGAAAAGCAAGAAAGGGAAGAAGGAAGAAGAAAGUGAAGAAGAGGAGGAAGACGAAGAGGAAUCAAGCGAAGAAGAAAAGCCCAAAUCCAAGAAAGGCAAAGCUAAAAAGGAUGCGCAGAAAAAGAAAACCGAGAAAGGAAAGAAGAGCAAGAAAAAAUCGGAAAGUGAAGACGACGAAGAUGACGAUGAGGAAGACAAGAGUUUUGAUAUUGGUGAGCAAGACACUGGAGAAGACAGUGAUGACGAAGAUGAGUCUGAUGACGAUGAUGAUGAGGGUCCAUGGGUUUACGUACAUCAUUCUCUUAAUAACAUCAGAGCUAGUCACAUGAUGAAUCCACAGGAGCCUUCAGUACUGAAGUUUGCAAUCUCGUACAAGGACGCACUGCUGCACUUGUUCCAUAACCGCUAUGAUUUUAUUCCUCUGAAGAGUCUUCCUCUUAAAGAACCCGAGAGUUUAUAUCUUAUAACCUCUCUGUGGUCAGAAGGGUUGAUAAAAAUCAAGGAUUGAUGACAAACCAAUCAUGAUGCUUGUUAGUUUUCUGUGUUAAAACCAGUUAAAAUGUUUGUUAGUUUUUUACGUUACGAGAACUAAGGACCCAAUCAGAAUGUUUGUUACAUUUGUAGCGAAAAUUAAGGAACCAAUGAGAAGGUUUGUACCUUGUUUAUUUUUUCUUGAGAAAAGAUUUUUGUGAGAACGAACUAGAGGAUCAAUAAUAUUUGGUGAAACUUUACAGGAAACUUUUCCAAAGGUAGUCCAAGUUUUUUUGUGUAAGUCAAGAAGCAAAAAGUUUUGAUUUCCAUUGUUAGACAUAAUACUUGAUGUACUUUGUUUCGUUUAGUUGUUCAUCCACCACAACCUCAUGUUCUGUUAAACAGGCGAGAUAUGUUUAUCUUAGCCUGCGUUGCUUGAAGGUCUGCGGCUUUGCGAAGAAGGGGAAAGGCAAGAGAACACGAGAAAAACCUUUCCUCUUAUCUUCAUCCACAAUACCGCAGACAGGCGUCAACGCAGGCUAAGUUUAUCUGGAAGGGGUUUUCUAAUAAGGGAGAUAUUAGCAAAAACAAGAAAGAUAAAUUUAUAAGAUAUAAAGAGGUAAUAACAAUUGACAUAUAAUGCUGACAAUUUGUCAAUAAAACAUUAACAUGGUUUAUAUCGAAAUGUUUUCAAAUUGAGUUUAUUAAAAUAUCUUU